GCGUCAUAUUUCUCGAAAUUUGGAAUCUUCGAUAUUGAGAUUUCGAUUGGAUCAUUGGAGCAAUCGGCGGCAAAGGCCAAAGGGUGAAAGGAUCUAGCGGCGGUUAAUCUGUUGAUAUCUUCUCCUCUCCGCUGCUCCACCUGCCUAAUCGUCGCUUCUAUAUGUCGGAACCCUAUCCCGACGAUCUCGACCAACUUCUCGACAAUGCUUUGGAUGAUUUUGCAAAGCUUGAUCUCGCUCCCACUCAGAGAGGAAGCGGCGGAGGCGGAGAAGGAAAGGAAGGAGGAGGAGAUGUGUUGGCAUCGCCUCCUUCAUCGUCAUCCUCAUCGUCAUCGGCUUCAGUGAGGGGGUUGGGGAUGGGUCUGCCUGAUUUGAGGGCUAGAAAGCAGGGGAAGCAGCAAACGUCUCUUCCUCCGAAGAAAUCUCACGCGACCGAAGCGUUAGAGAAGCUUACACAGCAGACCCGCGAGGCUGUUCGGGAGCUGGAAUCAGUAACGGCUGCUGCUGCAGCAGGGUCAAGAGGAACUGGUGGGUUUGACGAGGAGGGCAUGGUUGAAGACUUCGUCAAGCAGUUCGAAGAGCUUGCUGGCUCGCAGGAUAUGGAAUCCAUUGUAGAAACCAUGAUGCAGCAGCUUUUGUCAAAGGAUAUUCUCCAGGAGCCCAUGAAGGAAAUCGGAGAAAGAUAUCCUAAGUGGUUGCAAGAGCAUAAAGAUAGGCUAAGCAAGGAAGAAUUUGAUCGCUAUUCUCGCCAACAUGAGCUGAUAUUAAAGCUUAAUGAAGCUUAUGAAGAAGAUCCUGAUAACUUCAAUAAAAUAGUUGAUAUCAUGCAGAAAAUGCAAGAAUGUGGCCAACCCCCAAGUGAUAUUGUUGAUGAGCUUGCUCCUGGUCUUGAUAUAAAUAAUCUCAGCCAAUUACCACCUGAACUUCGCGAUUCUCCAGCCAGUUGCUGUAUAAUGUGAGAUGAGGAAAAGAAGUAACCUUUGGAUAUAAAGAUGACAACAUCAUCAUAUAUCGCUUAUUUAGUUCUGUGGUUCUACUUGUUAUUGCUCAAAACCUUGCAGCAGUGUUUUUAAAACCGGACCGUCCAAUUGCCAGUCAGGUUAAGUUGGUGGUAAAUAGGAUUUGUAUUGAACUGGUUUGAACUGUCGGUAAACCGUCGAAUAUAUUUUGAUUUGGUUGAA